ACCGGCCUUGGGGAGCCCUCUUGGACCUGGGUGGGCGAACCUAGAGGGACCUCGGAGCCGUCCACCCUGGGCACCUGUCCUGGCUGCUCCGGGACGUGGGGAGGGACAGGAAUGUGAGCACUGGGGCGGUGAGGGCGGGGCACGAAGGAGCCUUUCUGCGCACCCCAGGUUAGGGGGCACCUGGCCGGCUCGAUCCGGAGGGGUCGGGCGGCCACGCACGUGGUCCCGCCCCGGCCCCUGCGAUUCUUCUGGCCCCGCAGGCAGCAUGUUCCACGGGUCCUGGGGAGCGCUGACGAGAAAUUAUUUGGAUGGUUUGCAUUUUGGGGUCUGUAUCCGGCCCGGGACGGAGGCAAGAAGGUUAAAGAUUCUCCGGCCCUGUUAGGGCUGAGUCCGCCGCCCCUCAGCUCCACCUCAGCUGUGGCCCCCUUCCCAGUGUGCGGGCUUCCUUCUCACACUACUUCUCUUGCCAGCUCUGCCUCUGACCCCAUCCCUUUCUCCCUCUGCGAAGGGCCCCUCUUCAAGGCAGGUGGUGAUCCACACUCAGCUCCCUGCCUUGCCCACCCUCCUGGCCUGUUACCACUGAGAGCCUUAUUCUCCCAGGACCUCACUUCUACUCCUUCCUCGGCUGUGGCACAGUAAAUAAGGGUCUAGCACAGGGCAGGUGGUAAAGGCACCGUGGAUGGCGGUGCGCGGGAAUAUUAAGCCGUGGUUUCUGUCUGUCAGCAGUCAGCCGGAGAGAGUAGAUGUGCUCACCUUAGAUGGGGCAUUUGUCCUGCCAUCUGCCCAUUCCAGCUUCGGUUGGCUCAUAUUGUCACUUGUAAGCUGGGAUGGGCGUUCCUUUGCAAGGCUGAUUCUUUUUGCACCCAAAAAAGUGCUUGAAACUGUGUCAUCCCAGAAGUGAGGGAAACCAGUGUCACUUGCUCCGGUGAAAUUUGCAUCUGGAUCCUCCUCUCAGUGUGCCAGCUGGGAUUAUGGUUCCCUAGUGAGUCAAGCGGAAGUGGGCCAGGCAGGACCAGGCUGAAAGCUGGAACCUGGGGAUAUGGGAGCUUGCAUUGCUGAGCACUAACCCGUCAUGUCCCAGGCAUCAUGCCCAUAGGCACAAAGAGUACAGAGACCGUCUCUGCCCCAAGGACCCUAAACUGGUCACACAGUGACACCAAAAUCUCACAGACCCAGGUUUAAUGCUGUGUUUGUCUGAUGCAGUGUUUGUGAAAUGUAAGCACCGAUGGAGUAGAUCUCUCAGAGGUCCACCACCUCAUUCCGUCAGUUGGAGGGUUAAUGCUGCAGUUGGGUGGAAGUCCUAUCACUUUGAAUGAUUGCUUUUGUGCCAAGGCAAUCAACCACAAAAAUAAAUGCAAAUAUGGAAAUUGCAGGCCAGUGCUCAGUAUUAAGUUGGUAUCCACACAAUAUGGGAAAUAGGAUGUUGCUUUUUAAGUGGCCAUAGGAAUGUAGACAGAAAGCCUUGGUCAUAAAACAAAUACCACAGAUAUAUUACUGAGACAUCACUAUACUGUAUAUGAGAAUCAGUCUGAACAGUUUCACAUAAUACCUCAUUUAAGGUAUAAAGAAUCAACCCUCAGUCUGGGGAUUUAGCUCGGUGGUUCUGCCACCUGCCUCACAAAUGAAAGGUCCCGAGUUCGAUCCCCAGUACCAAAAAAAAAUCAACUCUCUUGCAGGUAAGGAAGCAGGCUCAGAACAGCUAAGCAACUAACCCAGGGUAACACAGCUGGCAAGUAGCAGAGCCAGCAUUUGAAGUCAGGCGGCCUGACUGAAGAUGUGCCUGUGACUACCACGCUUACACUCAGCCUCUGAGACAGUGUGCUUGGGGUUGAAGACCCCAGUCUGAUUGGUUUUUGGGGUAGCCCAUUGCAGUAACCAAGACCUCCCAUGUGACACUCGGAGAAGGCUUUGAGGAGCUCUGCCUUUGAGGCCCUCAGUCUGGGCUGAUGGAGCCCUGGGCUCCCCACACCCUCUCUAUCCACAGUUGAGCUUUUGGUGGAUUUGGGCUACGGCUCAGGCUUGAAUCACCUGCUGCUGACCCAACCUCAGAGGCAUCAGCAAGAGCCCUGCACCACCCACUGCCCCCCAGAGACCACCCCUGCUGCCAGGGGCCUGGAGCUGGAGAGACUAUGCGGCUUGGGCUGUGUGUGGUGGCCCUGGUUCUGAGCUGCACACACCUCACCGCCAGCAGCCGAGGGGUCAAGGGGAAGAGGCAGAGGCGGAUCAGCGCUGAGGGGAGCCAAGCCUGCGCCAAGGGCUGUGAGCUCUGCUCCGAGGUCAACGGCUGCCUCAAGUGCUCACCCAAGCUGUUCAUCCUGCUGGAGCGGAACGACAUCCGCCAGGUGGGCGUCUGCUUGCCGUCCUGCCCGCCUGGAUACUUUGACGCCCGCAACCCCGACAUGAACAAGUGCAUCAAAUGCAAGAUUGAGCACUGUGAGGCCUGCUUCAGCCACAACUUCUGCACCAAGUGUCAGGAGGGCCGGUAUUUGCACAAGGGUCGCUGCUACCCAACCUGUCCCGAGGGCUCCACCCCCACAAACGGCACCAUGGAGUGCAGCAGUCCUGCACAAUGUGAAAUGAGUGAGUGGUCCCCAUGGGGGCCCUGCUCCAAGAAGAAGAAGCUCUGCGGCUUCCGGAAGGGCUCUGAGGAGCGGACACGCCGAGUGCUCCAUGCUCCCGGGGGGGACCACACCACCUGCUCUGAGACCAAGGAGACACGGAGGUGCACGGUGCAGAGGACGCCAUGUCCUAAUGGACAGAAGAGGAGGAAGGGAGGCCAGGGCCGGCGGGAGAACACCAACAGGAACCCCAGGAGGAAGGAGAACAAGGAGACCAGCCCAAGCUCUCGAAGACACAAAGGGCAGCAGCAGCUGCCACAGCAGCCACAGCCAGGGACAGUGGGGCCACUCACAUCUGCUGGGCCCAGCUAAGCAUGGGAUCCAGCCUCCAGGCCCACGCCGAAGAACCCCACGCUGCUCUGCCUGAGGAAAGCGUCCCAGAACAGGAGCCUCGGGGGCAUAUCCAGCCGCGCAUGCACACACAGCCAUGUCCACAUGUGCAACCAGACAUAUACACGCAUGUGCUCAUGCACACACAACUGAGGCCACCAGAAGACGCUUCCACCCAGUGGCCCAGCAGUUCACACCUGGCGUACAGUGCACACAGUGGAUGUGUCAGACCGUUUCCCAGCCUCCAAAGCCAAACCUGGCAGCGUGGAACUUUCUGGAGAAGCUACUGGGAUGGCACCUGCCGCAUGUGGUGGACCAGCGAAGGCCUGAGGACCGCUGCGGGAGAACUCAUCCUACCCCGUUCGGCACACCAGCUGUGUGACUUUAUCCUUGGAGAAUAUCCCAACACAUCUGUGAUGCAUAUCAGGGCUGACCUGACUCAAAAAAACUGCUUAAAGGUUUAUUUCAAAUUAAAAAGAAAAAAUCGAUUGACAACAGUACUUAGGCACCAUGUUCCUUUUCAGGUUGUGAGGAUGGGAGUGGGUGGUGGCAGGGCUGAAUGUCAAGACACCCUGAACAGCCUCUGCAACAGAGGGUCCAGAGCAGGAGGAAAACUUCAGGAAGACUCUCGGGGUGGUAACCAGGGCCUCUUCACGCUCUUUACUCGGAGUGUGGUCUGUGGACCGACGUAGCAUUGUCACCAGGUACUUGAUAGGAAUGAGUGUCUCGGGUCCCAUCCUGGACAGCAUGGACCAGGACCUGCAUUUAACAGCGUUCCUCGUGAUUGCUGUGUGUAUCUGAGAUCAAGAGGCACUGUUCUGAUUCCUCCUAAGGGGACCAAAAGCCCCAGGGCCAGCUCAAAGGAGCACUUUCCAUUUGGGAGGGGCAGAGUCCACACGCUGUGCAGGUCAGUGUAGGCGAAGAAGAGCGCUCUGCAACAGUUGGGGAUGGUCCCGCCGGUUAGAGGCAAGGCAGUGAGUGGAACCUUCUGUGGCAUCCUGGUGUCCACGUGCUGGGCUGGCUGGCUUCUGGGCCUUGCUCUCACGGACCUUAGAGGUCGGUGGGAGAGACAGGUCUGCAUCAAGGAAUCAGACCAAUAAGUGCAUGACUGCAGAUAGAUGGAGCUGGGGCAGGCAAAUCCUGGCGCAUGCACGCCCGGAAGAAUGUGAAUACAAUUAAAUACAAACCAAAAACUUCAUCUCAGUGAGGCUUUCUCAGGAGGGGGUGGUAUCUGAG